UGUGAGGCUUUUCCGGGAGAGCUGAAGUUGGUGCCGUUCGUGCGUUGGCUCUUUCAAGCGCUGGGCCCGGGUCCUGCGAGAGCUCCGGAAGAGUCGGGGGUGCCUCUGCGAGAGUUCACUCGGCUCGUGGCGGAACACAAGACAUGGCUCUCCACGGCCAAGUGGAACCCUUAUAGCAAUAGUGCCUGCCGGCCCAGCAUGUACGACGUGGUGGAGCAGAUCAUCAAGCCUCUGACCAAGUCACGUCUCGUGGCCUUUGCAGAGCUUCUGGAGCCCCUGGCGCCCCAGGUGUUUGUGAGCCACUGGUGGGGGGAAGAGUUCGUCUGCUUCGUGAGAGCUCUUCGCCUCUUCGCUAACACCUACAGGUCAGAAACGUCCCGAGAGGUUCAUGAUGAUGUCAAUGACACCUGGGAGGUGGUUUCUGAGCCCACAGACGAGGUGGCCUUCUGGGUCUGUUCCUUUGCCAAUCGCCAGUGGGAGGUGAACUUGGGAAGUACUCUGCAAGAGAGUCCAUUCGAGCGAGCGCUCGCGGCCCCAUCUUGCACACACGUGGUAAUGAUCAUGGAGCCCUUUGCCACACCACUCCAGCGCAUCUGGUGCCUCUACGAAGUGCUCCGUGCACACGCAUUGAAGAAGGAUUUCCACAUCGCUACCGAAAAUGGUGUCCUCACCGUCGGCCGCGAUGAGCCUUUCGGCGAGCAACGUGAGGAUCUCCUUCGGCUAACCAAGAGGGUCUUGGAGAUUGACCCAAACACUGCGAAGGCUAGCCAGGAACAGGACCGUCGCAUGAUCAUGGAGGAAGUCGACAAGGCCGUUGGCUUGGAGCAGUUCGGUGUGCACGUAACAUCAUUGCUGGCAGAAGCUUUCCGAAGGCGCGGCGGGAAUCAGCUCGUUAUGGAUGCCCCGGAGCUGCCCAUGCGCCUCUAUCGCCUCCACCGACUCGGUAAGAUGUUUGUCACCUUCGAGGGCCGGACCCUUCUUCACAGCGUAGCUCAAAGGAAGGAGCCCGGUGAGGUUCGACUAGCCCUUGCAGCUGCCUCGGAAGGGGAGCUCGAGAGCUGCAACUCCUUGGGCCAAACGCCUCUCCACAUGGCCGCUGCAUACAACCGGCACCUCAACGUUCUUGAUCUCCUCAUCGCCGCAGAGAUGGAUGUCAACGCACGCGAUCAGAAUGGCCUCACACCCUGGAUGCUCUCCGCUGCCACAGGUCAUCACGAGGCUCUCUCUCACUUGCUCGUGAGGGGUGCGGACCUUUCGUACGAAGUGGAUCUCUGGCAAAGCGAGGACAUCAAAUGGGUCGACAAAGCUAUACCGAACGGACUUCACCUGGCAGCAUUCAGUGGUAGCUUGGAGUGCUGCCAAAUCUUCCUACGCUACCACAGAAAGGUCCACAGCACCAUGCUGACUGCAGCCAGCAUCAAUGGACAUGCCGAAGUAUUGCAGACCAUCCUCCCUCAUGCAGAUGAUGUCAAUGGCAUCUGCGAAGGCGGUCCCUUUCCCAUUGCGCUCCAUUCUGCAAGCUUCUGCGGCCAAUUGAGCUGUGUGGAACUCCUUCUAUCCCACCGGGCCUUGCCAAACCUUACCUGCAAUGGGGGGAAAACUGCAUUCUUCAGUUCCAUGGCGACUGGAAACGAAGGUGUGGGCCGGCUCCUGCUUCGUUACCGCGCAGAUCCUUGGAUAAGGACGGCGGCUGAUGACAGCGUCCUGGGUGUGGCGAGUGGUGGAGGGCACAACGGCUGUGUGCAGAUGCUGCUGUCUCUGCGAGCAGACCCGCAUGAAACCAACGGCGAAGACAACGCCACGGCGCUUCACUAUGCGGCACAGUGGGGGCGCGAGCAGACUGUGAGGCUCUUAGUCAAGAGUCGCGCAGAUCCGAAGGUGCAGGACGAGAAGCAGAUGACUCCGCUGCACAAGGCAGCUGAGUAUGGCUAUGUGGAUGUUAUUGCAGCUUUGCUGGAACUGAAGGCAGAUGCCGGGGCACUGGAUAGUGAAGGCAGAACUGCCUUUGAUGUGGCACGAGUCGAGGGCAUGGCAGAAGCCGCAGGUCUUUUGAGGGUUCUGACUGAACGAUAA